UUCACCUGUAAACGAAGCGCAGAGGGAGUGUGAGUAGUUUUGCGUAUUUUGAACCUGCCCUCUGCUCUUUUUCACCUCCUCCUUCAUAAAACAAGAAGAUCUCUUGAAGAAAACCCAUGAAAUCUGGACACAAAUACCACCCUCUUUAUAACAUCGGACAUAAACUAUUGAAAUAACAGCGAACAUUCACCAAUCUUGUUCUUUUAGCAUCUAGAUAGCCUUUAGCUGUUAGCUUGUUUGCUAACAACCGAGAACAAUUUGUGCUAAUAUCUGAUUAUAAGGAAAGACAAGUGUUUUAAAACCUCAUAAGAUAAUUUUAAACAUCUCAAUCUUCUCACGAUGGGGUCCCGUGCAUCGACGUUAUUGAGAGAAGAGGAAAUAGAAGAAAUCAAGAAGGAAACUGGAUUUUCUCACAGUCAAAUCACUCGCCUGUACAGCCGCUUCACCAGCUUGGACAAAGGUGAAAACGGUACUCUGAGUCGAGAAGAUUUCCAGAGGAUUCCUGAGUUGGCCAUUAAUCCUUUGGGCGACAGAAUCAUCAACGCCUUCUUCCCCGAGGGGGAGGACCAGGUAAAUUUCCGAGGCUUCAUGCGAACAUUGGCACAUUUCCGACCGAUUGAAGACAACGAGAAAAACAAAAAUGCUGCAACGUCUGAGCCUCUAAAUAGCAGAACAAACAAACUCCUCUUUGCAUUCCGGCUGUAUGACCUGGAUAGGGAUGACAAGAUUUCCAGGGACGAGCUGCUACAGGUUUUGAGAAUGAUGGUUGGAGUGAAUAUUUCAGACGAACAGCUCGGCAGCAUCGCAGACAGAACCAUCCAGGAAGCAGACACCAAUGGAGACAAUUCAAUCUCCUUCAGCGAGUUCAUGAAGGUGCUGGAGAAGGUGGACGUAGAGCAGAAAAUGAGCAUCCGGUUUCUCCACUAAGUUACAUUUUAAAGGUUUUUGGACACAAAUCAUUUCAACCUUUCCUCCAGCUGCUGCAGCCCUCAGCAAGAUGAAGUGUAUAAGUGUGUGGUAGUCACUCCUCAGUGCUCUUCAAACCAGGAAAAUGGAAGUUGUGUGCCUUGGGUAGUUUUAUGCAAAGUGAUCAGUCACACCUUUAUUUAUUAGAUAAUGAUUUUUAUUAUUAUUUUUUUUUUUACCAUGGUACAAUUAACUUUGCUUCUGUAGUACAUGCAAAAGUGAUUACUGUUUAUACAUCUUGCCAUAAAAAGGGUGGUUGUUUCGUAUUUUUUGUUAUUUGGUAUCUCCAAACUCAAUUCUAUUAUUACAGUUGAAUGCAAAAGUGGCUAAAUAUAUAAUUUCUAAUCCACAAGUGCCAUGGUUUAGGUUCUCUUAUGUUGGACACUAUAUCAGCACUAAUGAGCUAAAGAUAAGCUAAAGCUUAGUUUUUGCAUUGUAUCAUACAAGAUACUGCCAAUAAUUUGUGUAGGAUGAAGGACCUAUUUCAAAUGCUGUCCAAUGCUAAAACUUAAUCUGUGCUGAAUAGUUUUUAUUCCUCAUUAUCUCCCUGUCUCUGGGACUGGGGAGACACAGUAUUUGAUUUGAAAAGUACUGCUUUGAGUUCACUAAACCAAAAAUAAACUAGGAUUAACUUGGACUAAACAAAAACUUUAUUUGAGACCGGUAGGUCAAAUCUGACCAUAGUAUUACUAAACAUUUAUUUGAAAUUAAAUCAAGACUCCAGUUCUACCAGUAGACUAGUACAGAGUCUAGUUGUAUCUAUAUCACAGAGAAUCACUAUCAUAGGAUUAUAUUCACACAAUACUGAAGUAUCUAUUUUUGGGCAAAGGAAGGAAUUUAACCAAAACACACAAGUCUUUCAAGCAAGUUUCACCAAGAUCAUGUCACUAAAUGUUGUUUGUUCCUGCGAUCUGUUGUCCAUUUGCAUCGGUUUAAAUUGUUGACAUAAAAUAGGAAACCAACAUCUAUGCCUUGUUUAGUGUCAACAUCAUUCUCUUCCUGUCUGGUUAGUUUACCUAACCCCAAGGGAAAAUAUAGAUUAUUCUUUCUAUUAAUAUAUUGUAUGUACAGGUAGUCUUUAUAAACACUACGUCUUAUGCUUUAAUCUUAAUCUUGUGUGUUUGUUAAAUAAUUAUAAGUGAACCAUCCAGAAACUACUGCAAACAGCACGGCCAUUUUGUGAUCCUCGGUCAGAUGUAAUGUGAUUUUGGUCCAGCUGUCAUCAGUGAUUCUUGGAUUUGAUUUGAAUAAAAUAAGUGCCAUA